UGUAAAGAUAAAGUUUUACUGGGAGGUGUCAAACAGUUGUCAAAAUAUCGUGGAAAAGUUAUACAUUUAUUUUGUAACAAACAUUCAUUUCCAAUAAAUAAUGUCGGAAAAGGAUUACGCUCCACUGAGUGCGGCGUGUGUUCGUGCGUUGCAUGAUAAAUUAUACGAUAAACGCAAAACUGCAGCCUUCGAAAUAGAAAAGAUGGUCAAAGAAUUUGCUACAGUGAACAACACGACGCAAAUAAACAGGUUGUUGAAAGUGCUUGGACAAGAUUUUGCCACAUCACAAAACGCUCAUGCAAGAAAAGGUGGCUUAAUUGGUUUAGCUGCUGUUGCUAUUGCUUUGGGAAAAGAUACAAGUCAAUACACAGUAGAGUUAAUUAAACCAAUUUUAGCAUGUUUUUCUGAUGCUGACUUAAGAGUCAGGUAUUAUGCAUUGGAAAGCUUAUAUAAUGUUGUUAAAGUUGCAAGGGGAUCUGUUUUGACACAUUUUGCUGAUAUAUUCAGUGCCCUGGGUAAGGUGGCCACAGAUCCAGAGCAGAAUGUAAAAAAUGCCUCUGAAUUGCUUGAUAGGUUGUUAAAGGACAUUGUUACUGAAAGCACAUCCUUUGAUUUGGAUGGUUUCAUACCUUUGCUCAGGGAGAGGCUAUUUACAAAAAGCUCAUUUGCCAGACAAUUUGUUAUCUCAUGGAUAUCAGUAUUAGAUGCUGUACCAGAUAUAGAUUUAAUUUUAUAUUUACCUGAACUUUUGGAUGGAUUGUUUCUUAUGUUGGAUGAUCCCAUGAUGGAAGUUAAGAAGAUGUGUGAUAUUGUUCUGGGUGAAUUUUUGAGGAGUAUCAAAAACGAUCCAUCAAGAGUUGAUUUCAGUAACAUGAUCAACAUUUUAAUAGCUCACGCACAAGAAAGGAACGAUGACAUGGUCCAAUUGACAGCGAUAACGUGGAUUAAAGAGUUUGUUCAACUGUCAGGUCCUCUGAUGUUACCCUAUAUGUCUGGAAUUUUUACCGCUGUUUUACCUUGUUUGGCUUACGACACGGAUGCACGGAGAAUCAUAGAUAUUAAAGAAACUGCAACAGUGGUCAAUUUUGCAUUAUUAAAAUUAGUCGAAUCAAAGGAAUGCAAAGUUGGAGAUACGUCGAAAGAUGAAGAAAACAACGGAAAGCAUUCUCUCAGUAUAGAAUCGAUUCUGAACGUUUUAACGCAGAACUUGCUACAUAAUUCUGUGCAGACGAAAGUUGCUGUUCUGAAAUGGAUCCAUCACCUUUAUACAAGAAUUCCUAAGCAGAUGUACGAUUAUAUCGACGUGCUGUUUCCUGCGCUGUUACGCACUUUCUCAGAUCCUGCUGACGAGGUUGUUCAACAGUGCUUAGUAGUUAUUGCAGAAGUAAUUUCAUCUCCCAAUGAAUGUGCCAAAAACGCGGAGAUGAAUCCGUAUUAUUCCAAGUUUGUGAUUAGCCUUCUCAAUUCAUUUAAUUCAAAUAAAAGUUUGUUGGAUGAAAGAGGAUCCUUUAUUAUAAGACAACUGUGCGUCUUAUUGAAUGCCGAAGAAAUUUAUCGAACCUUGGCGAAGAUCCUUUUAAAAGAAACAAAUUUGAAAUUUGCCAGUUUAAUGGUGGAGCACUUAAAUAUGAUUCUGCUAACAUCGUCGGAACUUUUUGAAUUAAGGACUCAACUGAAAGAGUUGAAAACUAAGGAAAGUUGUGAUCUGUUCUGUUGUUUAUACGAAACCUGGUGUCAUAAUCCCGUAGCCACGGUUGCUCUAUGUCUAUUAUCACAAUGCUACAACCAUGUUUGUGACCUGAUCAAAUUAUUUGCCAAUCUUGAGGUCACUGUGGAGUUCCUUACUGAAGUCGAUAAAUUGGUCCAGCUCAUAGAAUCACCAAUUUUUGCAUAUAUGCGACUAGAUCUAUUGGAGGUUCCUUGUGAUCGCAACUUGGUGAGGGCACUAUAUGGACUAUUGAUGCUCUUACCUCAAACCGAGAUUUUUCAUAAAUUGCAUACACGUCUCAGUUGUAUUCCUAGUCUCCAUUUACACUGUGAUAAUAAAAGCCAAACUGAAAUUAAAGCAAUACCAGCCCGUAUGAAGGGUAUUAAAUAUGAUGUUUUGCUGCAACAUUUCCAAGAUGUUCAGCAAAACCAUGCUGAUUAUAAGAAGAUAUCUCGUGCCAAAGAAGUUGCCACUAUUAACAAAGAGUUAAAGAACUUUGAAAUUUGAAAACCUAAUCAAUUCUAUAGCAUUUUAAAA